UGUGUUUGUUAAAACUGGGACGUGUUAAUAAGAUUUAUGAAACUCAAGUGGUGAUGCUUUAUUUGUCUCAUUUGAGUGAAUUUUCUUUUUCAAAGGUAUAUGAUUAAUAAUGAUGUAGAGAAUUUAAAAGAUGUCUUGGAAUUCCAUCUCAUGGCACUCUCCGAGGAUCCAGAACUGCAGCUUCUCCUCUUUGGAUUAUUCCUGUCCGUGUACCUAGUCACAGUGCUUGGGAAUCUGCUCAUCAUCCUGAUCAUCAUCUUUGACUCAAACCUCCAUAACCCCAUGUACUUUUUCCUGUCCAACUUAUCUUUGAUUGAUAUCUUAUUCAUCUCUACUACCAUCCCAAAGAUGAUUGUGGGCAUCAAAAUGCACAGCAGGGUCAUUUCCUAUGCAGGCUGCUUGACACAAAUGUCUCUUUUCCUAUUUUUUGUAUGUAUGGAUGACAUGAUUCUAAAUGUGAUGGCUUAUGACCGAUUUGUGGCCAUCUGUCAUCCCCUUCAUUACACAGUCCUUAUGAACCCUCAGGUCUGUGUUAUCUUAAUUUUGUUGUCUUUUUCAGUCAGUGUUUUUGAUUCACAGCUGCACAAUUUGAUUGCCUUACAAGAUACUUGCUUCCGGGAUGUGGAAAUUGCAAAUUUCUUCUGUCACCCUUCCCAACUCCUUAAUCUUGCUUGUACUAACACACUCAGCAGUAACAUAGUAAUAUAUUUUAUUGGUGUCAUACUUGGCAUUUUUCCUGUCCUAGGAAUCAUUUUAUCAUACUGUAAAAUUGUUUUCUCCAUUCUGAAAAUCCCCUCCUCAAGUGGGAAAUAUAAAGCGUUCUCCACCUGUGGUUCACAUCUGUUAGUAGUUUGCUUAUUUUAUGGAACUGGGAUUGGUGUGUACCUUGGGUCAGCUGUGUCACAUUCUCCACGAAAGAAUGCAGUGGCUUCACUGAUGUACACUGCAGUGAGCCCUAUGCUUAAUCCUUUCAUCUACACCCUGAGGAAUAGAGAUAUCAGUAAUGCCCUGAAGAGAUUCCACAGUAGGUUUUCCUAAUAUCACAUCCUAUGUCUUCCAAUUAGGAUUCUGGCUUGG